AUGGAGAUCGGAGAGGAGGCGGAGGAUGAAGAGGAGGAGGAGGGUGAAGUGGGGGAAGAUGAAGGAGAGGAGGAGAGGAGGAAGAGGAGGAAGGGGGGUGAGAGAAGCGAGAUGGAGACGGAUGAAGAGAGCAAUGAAGGUGCAGGAGGUAGGAAUAGGGAGGAAGGGCAAGGGGGAGAGGAGGUGGAGAGGGGAGUGGUAAGGGAGGAGGGAAGAGGAGAGAGAAGCAGAGGGAGAAAUGGAGGGAGAAGAUUGGCGGAGACAGGAUCAGGAGGGAAAGGGGGGGGAAGGGGGAGAGGAAGGGAGGAGGGGGAGGAGGGGGAGGAGGGAGGGAUGGGGGAGGAGAUGGAAGAAGCAAAAGAAAGGCGGGGGGGAAGGGAGGCGCAGACGAAUUAUUGGCAGGUGAAAGAAGAAGCAUUGGAGGUGGAUGGGGAGUGGGGGAAAGGAGAGGCUAUGGCGGAGAGUGGGAGAUGGGGAAAAGCCGGUGGGGAGGAGGGGGAAGAGGGUGAGGAGGGCAAGGGGAAGGAGGAGGAAGGGGAGGGCAAGGGGGAGGGAAAAAAACUGACAAGGCACAGGCAGGCAGGUGCAAGAGAAAGAAGCAGUGGAAGUGAAGGGAGAGUGAAAGAGAGAGGAGGCUGUGGAGGAGCAUGUGAGAUGGAGACAGGUGGUGGGAUGCAGGGCGAGAGGGGGGGAAAGGGGGAGGGUAUGGGGGAGGAGGGAGGGAAGGACAAAGGGGAGGAUGAGGGGCAGAUAAAACACUGGCAGGACGAAGAGAAAGAAGCAAUGGAAGUGAAGGGGAGAGUGGAUGAGAGAGGGGGUUAUAGAGGAGAGUGUGAGGUGGAGAAAGACUGUGGGGAGGAAGGGGACGGGGGGGAGGAAAGGGAGGACGGGGGGGAGGACAAUGAGGGCGAAGAGUACAAGGAGGGGGAGGAGGAGGAGAAAAAGAGGUGGAGGAGAGAAAAGAGGUGGAGGAGAGAAAAGAGGUGGAGGAGAGAAGAAGGUGGAGGAGAAGAAGGGCGAGGGCAGGAAGUAACGGAAGGCAAGGAGGUUCAGGAGGGAAGGGAGGUUCAACAACGCACGGAGGAACAGGAGGGCAGCAGGACGGUGAAGCGGAGAAAGCAGCGGCAGCUGAGCAAGCAGGGGGAGGAGGAGGAGAAGGAGGAGGAGGAGAAGGAUGGCAAGAAGGAGGGAAGGGAUUAG